AUGUCUUACUCUACUACCAAGCUUAUUACUAUAUUUACAUUGUUAGUUGGAGUUACUUUAUCUUAUAUAGCCCAGCAGGAUACAAAUCUACAGGAUACAACAAAUUUAGAUAUUUAUACCUAUGAUAAAAAUGUCACAUGUUCUCUUUGCAAAGAAAUGCUUACUCAAUGGCAAAAAAUGAUGAAUUCAACCAUAAUGGAAGAACGACUUGAUAGAUAUGUUGAAUAUAUCUGUAGAUUUUCAAUAAUUUAUAAAGAUAUGUGUAAACAAAUCAGUCAACAAUACUUCGAAAGAAUUUUAUACCUUGUUAAUCAUACCAAUGUCGAAGUUUUAUGUGAGGCAACACUCUUCUGCUAG